AGGAGAGAACAUUGAAGUUAUUCUCUAAGCUAUUAGAAGAGAGUGACUAAAUGCACCUGGGUCAGGCUGUCUGUGGGUAUGAAGUGGUUGGGAGAAUCCAAGAACAUGGUGGUGAAUGGCAGGAGAAAUGGAGGCAAGUUGUCUAAUGACCAUCAGCAGAAUCAGUCAAAACUACAGCACACGGGGAAGGACACCCUGAAGGCUGGCAAAAGCGCAGUCGAAAGGAGGUCAAGCAGAUGUAAUGGUAAUUCAGGAUUUGAAGGACAGAGUCGUUAUGUACCAUCUUCUGGAAUGUCUGCCAAGGAGCUCUGUGAAAAUGAUGACCUAGCGACCAGUUUGGUUCUUGAUCCCUAUUUAGGUUUUCAGACACAUAAAAUGAAUACUAGCGCCUUUCCUUCGAGGAGCUCAAGGCAUUUUUCAAAAUCUGACAGUUUUCCUCACAACAACCCUGUGAGAUUUCGGCCUAUUAAAGGAAGGCAAGAAGAACUAAAGGAAGUAAUUGAACGUUUUAAAAAAGAUGAACACUUGGAGAAAGCCUUCAAAUGUUUGACUUCAGGCGAAUGGGCACGACACUAUUUUCUCAACAAGAACAAGAUGCAGGAGAAAUUAUUCAAGGAACAUGUGUUUAUUUACUUGCGAAUGUUUGCAACUGACAGUGGAUUUGAAAUAUUGCCGUGUAAUCGAUACUCAUCAGAACAAAAUGGAGCCAAAAUAGUCGCAACAAAAGAGUGGAAACGAAAUGACAAAAUAGAAUUACUGGUGGGUUGUAUUGCCGAACUUUCAGAAAUUGAGGAGAACAUGCUACUUAGACAUGGAGAAAACGACUUCAGUGUCAUGUAUUCCACAAGGAAAAACUGUGCUCAACUCUGGCUUGGUCCUGCUGCGUUUAUAAACCAUGAUUGCAGACCUAAUUGUAAGUUUGUAUCAACCGGUCGAGAUACAGCAUGUGUGAAGGCUCUAAGAGAUAUUGAACCUGGAGAAGAAAUUUCUUGUUAUUAUGGAGAUGGGUUUUUUGGAGAAAAUAAUGAGUUCUGCGAGUGUUACACUUGUGAAAGACGGGGAACUGGUGCUUUUAAAUCCAGAGUGGGACUGCCUGCGCCUGCUCCUGUUAUCAAUAGCAAAUAUGGACUCAGAGAAACAGAUAAACGUUUAAAUAGGCUUAAAAAGUUAGGUGACAGCAGCAAAAAUUCAGACAGUCAAUCUGUCAGCUCUAACACUGAUGCAGAUACAACUCAGGAAAAAAACAAUGCAACUUCUAACCGAAAAUCUUCCGUUGGUGUGAAAAAGAACAGCAAGAGCAGAACGUUAACAAGGCAGUCUGUGUCGAGAAUUCCCACCUCUUCCAGCUCUACCUCAUCCAAGCUAACUCACAUAAAUAAUUCCAGGGUACCAAAGAAACUGAAAAAGCCUGCAAAGCCUUUACUCUCAAAGAUAAAAUUAAGAAAUCAUUGCAAGCGGCUGGAGCAAAAGAAUGCUUCAAGAAAACUCGAAAUGGGAAAUUUAGUACUUAAAGAGCCUAAAGUAGUUCUGUAUAAAAAUUUGCCCAUUAAAAAUGAUAAGGAGCCGGAGGGACCAGCCCAAGCUGCGGUUGCUAGCGGGUGCUUGACCAGGCACGCAGCACGAGAACACAGACAGAAUCCUGUACGAGGUGCUCAUUCGCAGGGGGAGGGCUCGCCCUGCACCUACAUAACCCGGCGGUCAGUGAGGACAAGAACGAGUCUGCAGGAGGCCUCUGACAUCAAGCUUGAACCAGAUACGUUGGAUGGCUAUAAAAACAGUGUGGCGGAAUCUUGCCCCGACAGCGUGGAGCAGCCAGCUCCCGCGGUGCAGGAAGAAGAACCGGCUCAUGAGACUGCACAAAAGGGUGAGACAAAGUGUCACAAAAGUGACACUGGCGUGUCCAGAAAGAAGUCACGACAAGGAAAACUUGUGAAGCAGUUUGCAAAAAUAGAGGAAUCCACUCCGAUGCAUGAUUCUCCGGGGGAAGACGAUGCGGUGCCAGGUCUGAUGGGACCCCAUUCUGCCCAGGGCGAGCACAGUGGCACGACAGGUGUGCCUGUGAGCUAUGCAGACUGUGCUCCUCCUCCUGUCGGUUGUGCGGUGGUUACAUCAGAUAGCUUCAAAACAAAAGACGGCUUUAGAACUGCAAAAAGUAAAAAGAAGAGGCGCAUUACAAGGUAUGAUGCACAGCUGAUCCUAGAAAAUAACUCUGGGAUUCCCAAAUUGACUCUUCGGAGGCGUCACGACAGCAGCAGCAAGACAAAUGACCAAGAGGGUGACGGAAUGAAUUCUUCAAAAAUAAGCAUCAAGUUAAGUAAAGACCAUGAAAAUGAUAAUAAUCUCUACGUAGCAAAGCUUAAUAAUGGAUUUAACUCAGGAUCAGGCAGUAGUUCUACAAAAUUAAAAAUCCAGCUAAAGCGGGAUGAGGAAAGUAGGGGGUCUUAUGCAGAGGGGCUUCAUGAAAAUGGGGUGUGCUGUAGCGACCCUCUUUCUCUCCUGGAGUCUGGAAUGGAGGUGGAUGAGUACAGUCAGUAUGAGGAAGAAAGUACAGAUGAUUCCUCCUCUUCCGAGGGAGAUGAAGAGGAAGAUGACUAUGAUGAUGACUUUGAAGAUGAUUUUAUUCCUCUUCCUCCAGCUAAGCGAUUGAGGCUCAUAGUUGGAAAAGACUCUAUAGAUAUUGACAUUUCUUCAAGGAGAAGAGAAGAUCAGUCUUUAAGGCUUAAUGCAUAAGCUCUUGGUCUUAAUUUGACCUGGGAUAACUGCUUCAAAGAAAUAAAAAAUUCCAGUCAAUUAUUCCUCAACUGAAACAUUUUAGUGGCAGCACUUCUAUUGUCUCUUCACUUAUCAGCAUAAUAUUGUAGAAAGUGUACAGCAUACUGACUCUUCUUAAGUCUGAUUUGUGCAAAUUUUUAUCGUACUUUUUAAAUAGCCUUCUUACGUGCAAUUCUGAGUUAGAGGUAAAGCCCUGUUGUAAAAUAAAGGCUCAAGCAAAAUUGUACAGUGACAGCAACUUUCCACACAGGACGUUGAAAACAAUAAUGUGGCUACACAAUUUUUUUUUUUUUAACUUUAAGAGCAUCAGUUGGCUCUUUAAUAUGUGUCUAAAUAAUAAUUUAAAACAAAUCAUAGUAGCAGCAUAUUAAGAUUUUCUAGUAUGCUAAUAUCACCAGCAACGAUCUUUGGCUUUUUGAUUUAUUUGCUAGAUGUUUCCCCUCCUUGGAGUUUGUCAGUUUCACACUGUUUGCUGGCCCAGGUGUACUGUUUGUGGCCUUUGUUAAUAUAGCAAACCAUUGGUUGGGAGUCAAAUUGGUUUCUUUAAAAAAAAAAAAAAUACAUUUACACGCGUGACAGCUCACUUUUCAGUACAUUAUAUGUGCAAAGGUAGCAGUGUGCAGGAUGAGUUUCGAUACGGCGUAUUUAUUGCUUGUCAUGUAAAUUAAAGACCUUGUAUUUAACUCUUUUCAAUCCUUUUAGAUAAAAUUGUUCUUUGCAA